CUGGGAACAUAUCAGUAGUGCGGUGGAGCCGACACGCUCCGAAAUGUUUCGUCCGAGGUAAAAUACCUCCACCGUUUCCAAAAUAACUGUUGGAUCUGGUCUGUGAUCGUCAAAGGAGUAUGUUAAAUUGAUUUUUAUGGCCGUGGAUGACAGCAUUAUUUAAUUAUGGCUACAAGAAGUAACUUGCAGUCGACAGACUCGAAGACGUGUUUUAAGGUGUCCUUGGUCGCGAAGGAUUUUAAUUGCUAACUUGCGGUGUGAAAGCUUCGUUGGAAAGGUCCAUAGAUGGACCUGUUUAUUGAGACGUUAACUGGAACAGCCUUUGAGUUACGAGUCAGCCCUUUUGAAACCAUCAUGAGCGUAAAAGCUAAGAUUCAACGUCUUGAAGGUGAGUGAAAACGCAAGUAUUAUUCUGAGCUUAUGAAUAAUUGUGUGGGAACAACGGCGAACCAUCGAGAACAAAACUAGUCUUGUUUAUCACGAAGAAAUAAAAAGAUCGGUAGGUUUAAAGUUCAUUCUUUUCCUUUCAACGUGUGAAACCCGUCUAUCCGAUGAACGCGUUUUCGAAGGUUUGCCCUCACAUCAGAGACAUAAAUAAUUUAAAAUGUGUGGUGUUGCACCAUUUGUAAACACUGGCCGAAUGGAUGGACUAGUGUACGCUUGAUUUUGAAAUGGAAAUCUUUCCAAAAGGUCAGCGAUAAACGAAGGAUCACGAAGCAACGUGAGUUAUUGAUAAUAUUGGACCCGUUUUAUAUAGAAUGUUUGUUCAUAACCUUGUCUGAGAAAUUAGCUCUUCGAUGGGGUUUUGAUUUUAUAUAACUUAAAUUCUUGAUUUUUUUCCCCUUGGCAUCACUUUCCUAAGUUUGAAAUAAUUCUUAUUAGGAAGGACUUAAACAUUUUGUCACGGUCUGAAGAUUUCCUCUUUAAACAUCUGUGAGCAAGGUUUAACACCUUCAAAGAAUACACUCGAAUAUUUUCACGUUUUUAGGCUUUCGUUAAAAUGUGAUGUUAUCGUUUAUGUAAUUAUUGUACGGAUCCGAUGUGGUAUGUAGAGAUCUGCUAGUUUUUUGGAUAUGUAUUUCAAAAUUAUGCCACUGUUUUGUUUGUUUUUCACAUCGCCUAUUUAAGAUCCUACAUACAUCGAAGCUUUUUCAUUCAAUAUUAUGUCGUGAAAGAUUGUCACGCACACGUUCAUGUAUGUCUACUUGGACUCAGUGUCGCGAAUGUUCUGACCAGAUAUUUGCUCGUUGAUAAGGUUUAUCUGAUCACUGAUGUUUUGGAUGCCAAUAGUCAUCAAUAGUUGUUUAACAAUGUCUUCUGUAGUGUCAUGUAACUGAGAACGUGCAUAUUACUGUUUUUGUUUUAAAACUAUGACACUUCACAGCUAGAUGAAACUGAAAUUUUCAGCCGGAUGCAGUUCUGUCAUAUGUUUAUCUUAAGAUUAGAUUUCCUUUGUGGUCAGUUGCUAAAUCAAGCUGUUACAACACCUAACUUGUUAAUGGAGUUAUCCACUGUACAUGUGAAAGCAUUGACAUGCUUGCAGCUGUCUAAUUUUACUUGGCUGAACCUUAAACUUACAAAUGAUUUGUCUCUAAAGGUGAAAAUGAAGGCUUUGAAAGCUGAGAGCUAAAUUUACCUUUGCCAACAAUGUUUUCAUCAUCAAAUAGACUCUGUUUGUAAACAUUCUUUUCUGUGUUUUUGGCUUUUUCAUGGUUCCUGACAAAAGUUUCCAUUAUCGGAUAUGAAAUUGUAAAUUUUAAAUAUUGUGUCCUGUCCUUGGUUUUUCCCAAAAUUGUUCAACUAUCAUGAAUUAUGUCUGAAGGUUUACAGUCAAGUUGCCUGAGAGUCAUCUUGCCUGAAGUCAUGUUGCCGAAAUCUGAGUUAUGUUGCCUGAAAAAAAAAGUCAAGUAGCCUGAAGAAACAAAUACUAAAAAGAUCUGAAUUUCAGAUUGUAAAUAGGCAAUAAAGUUGAGAAAUUUUUAUCUCUAAAGCGCUCUUUGUAUCCAACAACACCAUGAAGAUUCUUAAAGUGUUCUUCGUUUCUAACAACAAAGGGAAGUGUUCUCCGUUUCUAACAAAAAAUGAAGCAUUGUUUGUUUGGUAUGUACUUGUCUCUUACUCACAGAUAUUUUGUAAGCUUGAGAAACUUUUUCUUGGUUUCCAACAAAGCCUCUCUUGCAACUUUGCUUAUAUUCUGACGGAAAUUAGAGCACUUACGUCAUUGGUGCAAACAAGCCCUUAAUGAAUGUGAAAACUAACAUGAUGUACUGAAUUAUUUCAAUUAAUAAACAUACCAUACGUAUCAGUUCUUUGUAAAAAUCUAAUAUGUGAAUGUUUUAUUAAAACUGCAGGCAUUCCAAUGUCUCAGCAGCAUUUGAUAUGGAGAUCAGCUGAGUUAGAAGAUGAUUAUUGCCUCCAUGAUUAUAAGUAAGUAUGUGUAAAUGUGUAAGCUUUAAAGUUGAUAAUAGUUGAAUGAUUUUGUGUAGUAAUCAUGUUCUUGUAAAAAAUAUGUCAGGUUGAUUUGGAUGUCAAAUCCUUUAACUCCAUCAUAUCCCCUGAAGGUGAUUCCUCAGCAUUGCACUGCGCAUCCUGUAGUGCAUAUAAAAUCACAAGGCAAAUAAGCACUGACAUAUUCCAAGAACAUGGUAUUGUUUUACAGUAAAUAGACCCAGUAAAGAGGUGUGAUUGUCUUUUGCUCUUGAAUGAGAAUAGUGACCAAUAUUUUUACUGCAUACUUUUAGUGUACAAAUCAUCCCCUUUCAAUUUGAAAAAAUUUCAAAACAACUCAUGGAAGGGAAAAAAGAUAAAGCUAAAGCAUGCACAAAACACCUGAUUCAAAACGAUACAAACCAUGACCUUGAGGGCAAACAUUUGAGGAACAUUUUGAGUUGAUGUUGUUUAAAACUGCGUGAUUUUUCACAAAUAAUGUAUCAAAUUGUUCUUAACACAAGACUUUCUAUCUAUCAAGUUUUUUUCAAGUAUUUCUUAAAAAACCCUUGCUUCCAGCUAUGUCAUAAUGUACUGAUGACAUGACUUGCAUGAUUAAUGCCAGUAUGGGCAUAAAUGGGGGGAGUUUGGCCCAUCAUAUCUCUUAAACAAGCAUGGCAACAUAUCUUUAUAGUUGUUUUUUUUUUUUAAACAGACAUUGUUACAGAACAAUUAAGGAAAGUUUUAAAAAAAUUGUCCAGUUACUUUUUUUUUUUUCUGAGGAAUCACCUUAAACCAACUUGAGACAAGAUGCCAGGUGUUAACCUGGGAUUUUAUCUAGAGUCAGUCUGGUUUUAUGUUUAAAACAAUAAGUUUUACAUUGACUCUUCAAAGUACAGGAAUGAAAUCGAAAAAUAGAGACAAGAAAAAAAUGUGAACAUCACAGGAUAUUAUGUAUGGUCACCCAUCACCCAUCACCCAUGGGCUUUACUUCAGUAAGAAGCACAAGCAUGUUGCUAAUUUCCAUAUCUGACUAUGACGGCACUAAAGUGAAUUUUUAACAUUGUCUGUCACAGGCAUCUCACAUGAUUAAAUUUCUUUUAGUGAUGCAGAGAAAUUGUUUUGGAGGUCAGUCACCAACAAAAUGUUGGUACUCAUUUAGAAAAAUGCAGGAAAUUAGACAAAUACUUAUUUAAUCUUAAUUUGUUGCCCAAAAAGGUAGUUUUCAUAUGAAAUUUUGAAGAAUGAUGACACAUCACCAAGGCCAGAUUGAGGGUUUUUUGUAUACUUAAGCAGUUACUCUCUCUUCACAGCAUAAUAUCUGAUCAGCAAUACACUUAAAAUUUGCUAAAAUCUCUUUAAUUGAACUCAACCUCAAGCACUCUUCAUUCUUAAAUAAGUUUGGCUUAUUUUUCAUUUCUCCUCAUCAAUUUAGUAUUACAGAUGGAGCAACAUUACAACUGGUGCUAGCCAUGAGAGGAGGCCCUAUUAAUACAAGAAGAAGUGAGUUAAUCUGAAUCUAAAACUACAUCCUGUAGACUUUUUUAAUGCAAUAGUGGGAAUGUCAUUUCAUAGGUGCACUAAUGCUCAAACCUCAGGGCUCCUUUUCAAUUAUUGCUAUCUUUUAGUUUGGGCAAAUAUAACUAUAGCUUUUUCUAACAAAAAUUCUCUACCAUUAAUGAGAGAGAAUAAUGAGUGAGACCAUCAAUUUGUGUUUUCUACCACUUUUGAGGUAAUUAGUCUGGGGUUAAUUAAAUACAGCUUUAUAUUAAGUUAUGAACAUCUUCAAUUUGCUCUCUUGAAGUUCCUGUUGAAGAUCCUACUAUACGAGAAAUGGCUGAGUACAUGGAAGUCAACAGGUGAAAUUUUGUCAUUCUUAAGACUUAGGUUUGCUUGAUAUUCAUAAUCAAGUUUAUUUAAACAGAUGCCUGUGGUCAUGGUAAUAUCAUGGAACUAUCAUGAAUCUACACUUUCCAUAAACAUUGAAAAGAAAUUAUCAAUUAUUUGUUUAUUCCUCUCACAAGUGACACUAUUAUUAACAUUUAGAUUUGUUCCUUUUUGCAGGGAAGAAAUAUGGGAUAAACUACCCAAAGAUAACCGCCAAGUGACGUUACUUGUUUUUAGGUAACUCUCUAAACUUCUUAGACUAUGAUGAACCUAAUUGUGGUUCUUGUAAAUUAGCCUGCCAAUCUUCAUAAACACAAGGCAAAAUAAUAGAAUUUCACCCAACACUAAGGGUCAGUUGACAGACAAAUGCAUGCACAUAAAAUAUUCUUCUCCCUCUUAGUCAAGGAAGUCUUCACUUUCUUUCUGAUCAUAUUAUUUUAUUGAUAUUGUUGUUGUCAUGAUUAUUAUUAAUAUCAUUAUUAUUUAUCAUCAUUAGCAUUGUUUAGUUUGUCUGCUUCAUUAUUUAGUGUGGCCAGGGGGGUGUCUUUUGACAUCAUACAUAUAUUUAAUGGAUGACAACUUUUUGGAAUGUGUUGUGCUUCAAUCUGCAGUCUAAUAUUUCCAGGAAUUUCACUGAUUUUUUCUUCAAUGCCUUGUAUAACUCCAAGAGCACCCACUACAAUCAGAAAAGCCAUUUUUCUUACAUGUGAAUCUCUCACAUUCAUGAGAUUUCUAUUUCCAUAUCUUUUUACUUUUCAAGGUUUCCUAUAGCUAUUUAAAAUAUUCUCAAUAGAAGAGUAACUUUUGGUGGAUCACCAUCUAUGCCCCUGUGAAAAUACAAGAAUAGUACUUAGUCCUACCUUAAGAACAAUAUUGCCUUACACUGCUAUUAUCAUGAUCUUCAUUCACUGAUUUUAGUUCCAUUUUGAUGUUGACAUUACAAUAUUUUUUAGGGAUGGAGAUCAGUUGAACUUUUUGGAAUGUGUUGUGCUUCAAUCUGCAGUCUAAUAUUUCCAGGAAUUUCACUGAUUUUUUCUUCAAUGCCUUGUAUAACUCCAAGAGCACCCACUACAAUCAGAAAAGCCAUUUUUCUUACAUGUGAAUCUCUCACAUUCAUGAGAUUUCUAUUUCCAUAUCUUUUUACUUUUCAAGGUUUCCUAUAGCUAUUUAAAAUAUUCUCAAUAGAAGAGUAACUUUUGGUGGAUCACCAUCUAUGCCCCUGUGAAAAUACAAGAAUAGUACUUAGUCCUACCUUAAGAACAAUAUUGCCUUACACUGCUAUUAUCAUGAUCUUCAUUCACUGAUUUUAGUUCCAUUUUGAUGUUGACAUUACAAUAUUUUUUAGGGAUGGAGAUCAGUUGAAUUUUUUUCGAGUGGUGGACAGAGGUGAUGGAACACUGACUCCUCUUUCAGACUCGUUAAGGUAUUUGCACAUUUGUAUCUAUAUUUGUAUCUUAACUGGUAUCAGUAAGGAAUGGUAAUUUUCUUACAACAGACAUUGGCAAUUUUCCAGUGCCCUGUUAAUAAUAUGCAUAACAGAUUUGACAUCCACAUAAGAUUACUAUUAACCUUUGGGGAUGCAGUUUGUAAAGUUGUUUUUGUACAGAUUGUGUUCAAAGAAAUCCUCAAAAACUCAUUAUCACAGGAAAGUUUCUUUGAUAAAGAAGGAAAAAUAGCUAAUAUUAGCAUUAAAACAAGUUUGACAUAUAUGCUAAACCCUCCUUCAUACAAUCAUCUGUAAAUGUGAACAACUUUAGGCCAUUAUUUAUGUGAUGACUUUUUGUUGUAAUAAGUUGAGAUUUUUUGGUUGCUUUCUCUACUUGACCUGUGCUCACAUAUGCUGUAAGGAUAAUAUUUUACUGUUAACUGUGAUUUCUAAGUUUGAUUUGAAUUUUCAAAUAUUGAUUUACAGUGCUUUAUUUAUAUUAAGCUAUCAUGGUUCUUUUCAUUAAAAAAUGUAGUGGUGCUUCAAUGUAUAAUUUGUAUGAUGAAGAGGAAGAGGAUAAUCCACCACCAAUAUCACAGGUUUGUUUCAUCAAAACUCAUUGUUUUAUGAAUUUCAAUGUACAGUAACUGUUGAGUUUACGACAUCUCAAAUUCCCCUCAAUUUUUGCUUUGCUUGUUACAAUACACGUACACUUAAUUAAUGAUUGGAUUUAAACUUCUUUGUUCCAUUAACAGUUUAUUCAAGGAUUUCAUGUGUUGGACAAAGUUUAAAAAGGGUUUCAGAUUCAAAGGAAUUCAAACCAGUUAGAACCAUUUUAACUUGAAAUUUCAUAGUACCAUCAAGUUUCAUUCCCUUUUGUUUUGAACCCACAUAUCAAUUUAAAAAUAUGAAAUUUUCCAAAUAGUUAACUGGUUCACCCUCUUUAUAAGUUUCCAGACAGUUUAGCUGAAAUUUAUCUUUGUAUGUCUGACUUUCCUUGAAUGUCAUUUUUGUCAUCAUGCUGUUUUGUACUUGGUUUCAUCAUCAAACCCUUAGUGGGCUAAUAAAACUCUCUCAUAAAUUGAUUUUUAUUACUACAUCUACUUGUGUCUGGUGUGAAAGUAUUAGGAAUACAUACCUUUAAGUUUCAUUUUAGUGCUGGUGAGGUGAUGGGUUUUUAUAUAAUAAUUUCAGGAAGCCAUUAAGGAAAACAGUGUCACCAUGAACAAAAUGAGAGUUCUCAAGAAUAAAAUGGAAUCACAGAAAAACAUGAAGGUAGGGAAUUGAACCAUCCAUUGAGGGUAACCUGCUGUAUAAGUGUUAGGAAUCCACACAAAUAAGUGUCAUGAUGUGAAAACAUCUUUUCUUAUUCACCAACUGAAAUACUGAUAACAAGCCAUACAGGUCUCUUACAACAAGAAUAGAAUUGAGGAAUCUUACAUAAACAUUAAGUUUUCAGAGAGAGAGAUGGUGUGUGUUUGAGGUCAAUUCAUUUUACUUUACUUUUCUACUGAGCAAUGAAUAAUUUUGUCUUUUUUUGUAUACAAGGAGGAGGCAGAUAAGUCUGUGGUAUAAACAGAGAAAGUUUUUUAGAACUUUUCUUUAACCAGAUGGGCAUUUGAUUUUUAAGCAAUAGAGGAUAUUAGGAAUAGUUUUGUGCCAAGAAUUUUUGUGCAUAAUUGUUUGGUUUUGAUUUUAUUUCAGCCUAAAUAUCAACCAGCACCACCACCCACUGAAAAACCUUCCAGUGCAUCCAUUUUCAGUGCACGAAGAAGGUAAAUUCAGUUGUUAGUAAUAUUCAGACAUUUAUUUAUUAAUCCACAGUGUAAGUGAUUGUAGAAAUUUUUUACUGUUUCUUGUUUGCAAUAGAUGUGGCUAUAUCUCAGACUUUUAAUGUGGAGGAUUGUUGGAGAGCAAUUGGGAUAUGACAGGAGAUGAUAACAAAUGGACCUGCACAAGGAGGAGGGAGGGGAAAGGGGGGAAAAAAUUAUAUUGAUUAUCUAUUUCCCUCCCCUUCCUUUCCAGUUUUUGUAGUAUGAUAAGCAGCUUUAAAGAUAUCCUUGAGUGUUUGCCCUGAAAAGGCAUUUGUGUCAGAGACCAUUGCUUGUUGUCUCUCUUGAUAGGAUUUAUUGACUUUUCUUCCAGGUUGCAAUUAACCUCUGCUUCAGCUGCAACAAAGACUCACGAGACAGCAUUCCGAGUUGUUGAUCAUCAUUCAGCAAGUAGACAUCAACCUAAGGCAGGAGCAAUUCAAGGUUCACCUUCAAAACAGUCAAGUGCGACAAGCAGGGUGACGCCCAAAGGGCCUUUGCCACCUGUAAAUACAAGAAGGAAAACAAGUCAAAUUGAUGUAUCAGACUUUUUAGUACAAUCUAGCCAGGAUACAAAAAUUGUUCCUUCAAGUCGAACUCUUUCAAGGAGUGCAAUUAAAGAAGGAAGAAAGACAAUAUCAGAGAUAGUGAAAGACUCUAAAGAAAUUAAACCACUGGGAAGUAUAUCAAAACCUGUGAGUCAUCACAAGGAAACAAGGACUUCAAGCCCAUCACAUGGGGCAACUAGUUUAGAUUACGCAUCUGGAAGUGCUAGUUUACGACGAUCAAGAAUUCCUGAGGAUUCUUCCAAUAUUAGGUAUCCUUUAGAUUUGUCAACAGGAAGUGGUGGAUUCAGACGGCUUCGUGGGAUGGACAAUCGGGUUCCAACUCCUGAAGGAAGAAGAUCCGGACUUUUGGUUAGUAUGGAUCAUAGCUUUUUUUACCACUCCUUCUGUAAAUCAAUUUUUUAGUUUUAUCAAUUUGAUGAGCAAAAGACUACCUUCACUGUUGUAAUUUCAAUUCUAUAAAGUAGUACAAUGAGGUAGUACAAUUAAAAGUUUUAUGAAGGAAGCAGCACAGAAAACAUAAGUUAAAUGUUAUCUGUCAGUUUUUCAGAAUUUCUCCUGAGAAGUAUUUUUUCAAGGCCUUUAUUGACUAAGAUAAUUCAUGUGAAAAAGUGAAUCCUCUUGUGUCUUGAAAUUAUCCAACUCAAGGAAACUUGCUUUUAAAUCUCCAUUCAUGGUAAAGAGUAUCAAAUCAGAGUAGAGACUGAGAUUUUCAGUGGACAAGUACAAUAACUGUUACUGAUUAUAUCCACAUUUGCAUUUGCAGAAUGAUUCCCUGUCAUAUUCAUAUCGAAUUUCUCAUGGAAGUGCAUCGAAUAGUGAGUAAUUUAUAUUAUAUAAAGUACCACUCUUCAACAUUGUAACUUGUUUUAUUAAAUUUAUUAUUUGAUUACAAUAUUCAGAAUAUGCUGAAUUGAUGGCAUUGUCUUUUCUAUUUUAGAUUCUCCUUCACACUCUCAUCAUCUUCCUCCUGUAAAAACAAAACCACAUCCACCGCCUCAAUUGUUACCUGUUAAAAAGAAGACUAGAUGUUUUAUGUGUGGGAAAAAAACAGGAUUAGCCACAACAUACCAAUGCAGGUAAGCUUAAUUGUGAUUUUGGCUGUGUAUAAUUUUGGAUACAAUAACUUUAAAUCAUGCAACACAUUAAAUGCAUUAAGUGUUUCCUGUGUUAUUUAUUUAUUUAUUUUUUAUUUUUGGUGUAAAUUUUUUGAUGGUGAUUUCUGUGGCUGCUUUUUAUUUAUAGCUCACAGGUUUUCACUAAAAACCAGUUACUAUCAAUCUUCUGUAGUCUAGGUGGCCUAGACUGCAGAAGUAGUAUUAUUAGUAGUAUAAUUAUUAUCAUUAUCUUGCUGGUUUUAUUAUCCUUAAAAUGUUUGUGGUGUGAUGCUUAGUCUGUGUUUUUCUUUUGCCACAGAUGUGGAAAUUCAUUUUGUGCAACUCACCGUUAUGCAGAAGCUCACAGCUGUACAUAUGACUACAAAAGUGAAGGAAGAAAAAUAAUUGAACAGAACAAUCCAGUUAUAGCAGCACCUAAGCUCCCCAAAAUCUGACAGUUUCCUUGGUAGCACUUAUGUACAGUUACAAGUCAGAUGAAUAUAUUUUGUAAAUAUGUUUCAGGUCAAUUAAAAAUUAAUGCCUUGAUGGUUUGCAUCAUAGAGAAUUGAAAGUCACUGGGAUAUUGAAGUUUCCUAAUUUUGUUUACCUUUGGUACCAUGGCAACUGCUGUUACCAUUUACUUUGUCUGAAAAAUCUUGGUAGCCCAUCCUAUAUUAAUCCUAAGCAGUAAAAUUGCUGUGCAAUGUAUGUUUAGAUUUUUGGUUUGUUUCCACUUAGUAUCAGUGGUUUGAAAUACAAUUUUUUGCAGUCCUUAUCAUUAUUUAAACUUUAUUCGAGGUGGGGCUUUGUUAACAUUUUUAAUGGUUUGUGGAUUUCUAUAUAGACUUCUUUUAUAGUUUUCUUUUUGUCUAAUAUUAGAGGUCUGUAGUAACUUUAGACAUUCUGCUUAGUGGUAGAUAAGUAUGGUUACAUUCUAUUCAGGAGUGGUUCAUGAAACUUUAAAUAUAGUAAGAUUCCUUUCUCUUUGUCCAUAAUUCAUUGUACAUAAAUUAUUGCAAAGCUAAUCCAUGGUCACUUGUAAACAAACUGAACUACUUAAAGGAGGAGGUAAAGGAGUGAAAUAAAAGAAAAAAUGUAAUGGUAUUGCUGUAGACCUCUGAAUUAUUUUUGGUCUGUUUGAUGUUUGCCUUUUGUUAC